AUGCUCGAAUUAGCUCUUACUCCAAAACAUGGGAACGCCGGAGGUCGUUUCUAUCCUCACACAGGACACCUCGGUGUGACCCCGGUGGUCAUUCAAGGUAAAGUCUCCACUAGACUUCCAGAAGUAUGCGAACCUCUUGGUGUCAAAUCCAUCACUUUAGGCAUUCGAUGUACCGAGACUUCUGGAACAGGUUCAAGCGAGAUUUUGUGGGAGAAGAAAAAGGUUUUACUAUCGGCACCUGAUGAUGAAGAGUUUUUACAGUUGGGAGAUUGGGAUUCAAUGUUCAAAACAACCAUUCCAGUUGACGUCAUUGAUUUGGCAAGAAGUACAAUGUGUAUACCGGAAUACAAAGUCGUUUGGAGAUUAGAGGUCGUCAUUGAACAUCGACCUAUACCAUAUGUUGGAACAAGUAUUGCCAAAGCAUACGCAUUGAACUUGCAUAGUCAUCGAUCACCGUCAAGUAGACCAAUGUCACCUCCCUCACCUUACAACGUAGGAUCAGAUACAUAUGCUGCAAGUAUCUCCGUUUCCGCUCAGCCUGGAGCUUUCGGUCCUGGUGAUACUUUCCCAGUAUACGUCCAAGUCAAACCCAUUGAUCCUGAAACAGUACUGAAAAAAGCAACUGUCAUUUUGGAAAGACAUAUGGAUGUUUUCAAUCGAAGAAGGUCGUCUUCACCUCAAUCACAACAUCGUAUCUCAUCUUUAUUCCGUUCAUCACAAAGUGCGAAUUCAACUCACCAACGUAUACCUGAACCGCAAGAUCAAGCUAUUGGCUUAUCGAGAAAAGACAAAAUCUCAGAAGUUUCAGGUAGUAAUGUCGUGAUUGAUAAGAGUGGGACAUCAUGGUGUCAAAUGGAAAUUUCAUUACCUCAAAGACACGGUAAAUGGGAUUUAGGUGAAACUCACCAUACCAAACUUGUCUCCAUAUCCUACCAACUCAAAGCGACCGUGACACUCAAGUCUAAUAAAUCACGUGGUGCACCUAAAUCACUCAAUUGUUCACCUGUACCAGUCAUUAUCGCUGCUGUAUCUACCGAGGAUCGAGCAGCGGCUGUCAAAUCAAUCGAUUCUCACCAAAAGAAAAGACAUCGCAGCUCACGAAGAGGACUUUACAUGCAUGAAGGCAAUGUGGAUGUCAGCGAGCCAGUCAUCGGCGGUCAGCCUAUAUACACAUCUAUCAAAGGUAUUGCGACAGAUGUUAAACCGAUAUUGCUACCUUCAAAUCAUCCAGCACAAUCUCAAAAUAUCCAAUUCGUCUUCCCUUCACCACCACCAUACGAUUCAAGACAUAUUACCGUCGAAUCACUUCUCAAUCCUGCUUCAUCAUCUACAUCAUCAGCUGCAUUGCCCACACCACCACCGACAAGAAUAGGAUUGGAAGCAGAACCCGAUUCAACCAAGUUACUAAGGGCUUAUCAAUCUUCUGGACGUAGAAUUUCCACUACUACAUCGGAAGAAGAUGAAGUACAGCCUUCUAGGAGUAAACAAAAGAUAUAUGCCGAUUUCGAUAUAGAGGAUCGCAGAGCUCAAUUCGCAACACUGCCUUCGUUGGAUGCGUUAGGUGUCGGUUUACCUGAUGUACCGGAAAGUGAUAGACCAAGAUCAAGACCACGUACAGCACCUAUACAUUCUACUUUCUCAAUGAACAAUAUUCCACCUCCUCUAUCAGGUCAUUUAUCAGUACCGAAUGAUGGAUUAAGUCAAAGACCAAUGACUUCAUUCGGAAGAAUGGGCAAUGGAAACGGUACUAGGAAUUCAUUAUCAUCAACAACCAACGAACCGGAAAUAUCAUUCGCAUUCGCUUUUCCAGAAUCAUCUACAUCAACCACAACAACAAAGCGAGAGUGA